GUCAUUUGGGGAUAAACAAAACCUAUGAGAAAAUCAUACGACAUUUUUAUUGGCUUGGAAUUCUAAAAACCGUGGCAGAAUUCUGCAAAACAUGCCACACUUGUCAAGUAGCAAGCAAACCAAAUCAAGUUAUCCCAAAAGCACUGCUAAAACCAAUUCCAGCUUUUGAAGAACCAUUUAACCGAAUUAUGAUUAAUUGCGUCGGACCAUUACCUAAAACUAAGCGAGGUGACCGAUAUUUAUUGACAAUUAUGUGUGUUUCGACACGUUUUCCUGAAGCAAUACUACUUCGAAAUAUCAAGGUUAAAACCAUUGUACAAACACUUACAAAUUUUUUCACUUUAGCUGGUCUUCCAAAAUCUACCCAGUCUGACCAUGGUUCAAAUUUCAUGUCAGGGUUGUUUCAACAAAUUAUGCACGAACUGCGUAUUAAACAAUACGACUCGUCAGCCUAUCAUCCAGAAAGUCAAGGUGCUCUAGAAAGGUUUCACCAAACAUUGAAGCAAAUGAUUAAGACAUAUUGUUUUGAAACUGAGAAAGAUUGGGACGAUGGCGUCCAUUUCCUUUUGUUCGCUGCUCGUGAGUCAGUUCAGGAAUCAUUAGGGUUUAGUUUUCCAUUUGAGUUAGUUUUUGGUCAAGCGGUUCGGGGACCGCUCAAGCUUUUAAAGGAAAAGUUGCUUGCCGACGACGGUGGUUCAUUGAUUCUUUUACAGUAUGUAUCGGGCUGUCGUACCAAAUUAACUAAGGCUUGUGAACUGGCACGUAAUAACCUUCAAACAACUCAAAAUCGCAUGAAGCACAGUUACGACAAAAACACCGUAUCUCGGAAUUUUCAGAACGGAUAUAAGGUUCUUGCACUUCUCCCGUUUCCUGGAAACCCCUUGCAAGCUUGGUAUUUUCGGCCAUAUGUUAUAGAAAAAAGAGAAUGA